AUGCGUUUCGCACUCCUAUCCCUCGCAGCCCUCGCGGGUAUCAGCGCAGCCAAAACCCCAGGCUGCGGCAAAGAUAUACCUGCCAAGUUCCCAACAGCAGGAUCAAGUCAGAACCUCACCCUCCCGGACUCAGAUCGGCAAUACAGACUAUACAUCCCGGCCAACUAUGAUAAGAACAAACCAACAGCGGUAUACUUCUCGUUCCACGGGGCGUCGCGCGAUAUGCUAGAAGAAGAAAACCUAUCCCAGUUCUCAAACCCAGAAUUUAACCCGGAUGGAAUCGCCAUUUAUCCAGACAGCAAGAAUGGGUAUUGGCUCUCCAACCCGUAUGCAGACACGUCGCGUCCCAACGAUCUAGACUUCACCGACGAUUUGCUCACGCACUUGGAAGAAUCCCUCUGCAUCGAUACAAGCAGAGUAUACUCGGCUGGCAAGUCGAAUGGCGGUGGUUUCACAGGCGUCAUUGCCUGUAACGCCACGGUUGGAAGCCGGUUUGCGGCUUUUGCGGCUGUCAGCGGCGCCUGGUAUGAUACAGACGAUAUAGUGGGUGUGGGGCCGUGUGCCCCCGCCAAGCGGGACGCGGGAUAUCCCUUCUUGGAGAUUCAUGGUACGACGGAUACGACGGCGCCUAUCGAUGGUGACAUGAAGAAUGUUCGUGUUCCUAAGCUGCCUGUCAUUGAUAUCCUGCAGGCCUGGGCGGGUCGAAAUGGAUGUGGAGACAAUGCGAAGCCGACGAGCAAUGAGACUGUCUUUGAAGAUCCCCUUGUGAAGCAUGCUUCUUGGGACUGCGAAGAGAAGAAAGGUAUUGUUCAGCAUUAUCGCGAGGCCGAAAAUGGUCAUUGCUGGCCAAGUACUGUUGGCAAUGAUGAUUAUAUCCGAAACUCUGCACAGUGCCCACUGGGCAAGUCGGCAUUCAAUGCGACUGCAUACAUUUUCGACUUCUUCAAGGAGGAUCACUCGGACAAGUCUAGCACACCGGGUACAGGUGGAUCAGGUACUGGCGGUACUAAUGGUACUGAGCCCCAUCAUGAGAACCAAAGCCCAAGACUGUCAUACCCCAUGUCUAUCCAUGCUUUGUAUCUUAUAGCUUCAGCCAUUGUUAUCAAUUCGGUGAAUAUUUAA